AUGAGGAACACGGCCAGCACCUCUUUAUCAAAGGGGAAAAUCCGCCAGUCGUGGAGCAAGUAUAACUUGUACAACUUGCAACGCUUCCGCAAGCCAACAACGGCGAGUCGAACAUUCUUCCAGCAGAAAUGGACAGCUAAAGCUGCCGCACGUGCCUAUCAUGGCGAGCAGGUCCGAGAGGGUCAGUGGAAGCGCAUGUUCUCCAAGCACAUUCGCAGUGUUAUUCCCAUGAACACGACCGACCUCGCAGCCGACGAUGGAUCCAAGGAGUCCGCCGGCCGUGGCUCUGGCUUGAGUGAGACUAGCAGUAAGAACCGCAGUCGCCCUAUUCCCUUCACACAGAUGGCAUUCGCUCCGCUCGAGCGCCGACUGGACGUUGCCAUUUUCCGAGCUCUAUUUGCGAGCAGCACACGGCAAGCGAGACAGUUUGUCAUCCACGGCGCAGUAACGGUCAAUGGCCAGAAGAUGAGACACCCCAGCUACCUCCUCAACCCUGGCGAUCUUUUCCAGGUCGACCCUGAGCGCGUGAUGUACGCCACUGGUGCUCCCAAAACAGCAUUCGAACGACGUGAGGCCCGUCAAAUGAAGCAGAAGAGCGCCGAACCCGAGGCUGAGACUGAGGCUGAGGCUGAGCAGACGGAGGCCAAGCCGGAGACCACGGAGAAGGAAAGCGCCAAGGAUACUCUACGAGCACUGAUGUCUCAAGCCAAAACCAUCAUGUCCACGGAUAAAGACGUUCUUCCAGCCAAGAGAAAGCAGGAACUGCGUGGUUUCCAAAAGGCCGUGCGCCGAGUGCUGUCCCGUUCAGACACAAGCUCUGUCUUGACGGACAACUUGGAGGCCCAGUUUUCACAGCUGACUCUGCUGCUUAACGCCAAGCGUGCUGAGAAGAAACCCGCCAAGGGUUCUGAAAGAGAGACGCAAGACAAGAAGACCUCUCCUACUUCCACAAAGUCGGGUGAAGCCGCCAGCAAUGCGCUUUCAGAUGCCUUCCAAGCUGCUGCUGAGGGUGGCGAGGUCGAUACCUCUGAGCUGACCGACGAGGAAUUCGAUGUCCUGCGUCACGCACUGACCCAGAUGCGCGACAACCCUAUUGAUCACUCCAAGCCUUAUGCCACCCCAUGGCGCCCGCGUGAUUACAUGGCACCCUUCGCGUUCAUUCCGCGGUACCUCGAAGUCAACCAGAAUAUCUGUGCUGCCGUCUACCUUCGACACCCCGUCGCUCGACCUGGCUCAGCCGAAGUGCCCACUCCCUUCGGCGAGUCGAUCAGCACUCCAGCCUAUGGUUGGUAUCUGAAGAAACGGUGGUAA